GCAUGUGGAUCAAAAUUUUUUCACCACUAAAUCGGCCAUUGAAUACUGUCUAUGUGACAUUAUCUGAAUUUCCAAAAAUCUCACUUUCGUUUUUUCGCCUAAUUUCCAUGUGGUUGCCCACUGUGUAACGUAGAAUUCUAUAGAAUUCUAUACAUUUCCGCUUGACUCAAAGUUGGUCAGUAUAUUAUAUAUCUAUGGUAACGUAGAAUUCUAUACAUUUCCGCUUGACUCAAACUUGGUCAAUAAUAAAUAUAUCUGUACUAUCUUAGAAUUCUAUAGAAUACUAUAUAUUUCCUAGAUUUCUGUUUUGAGAAUAACUCGGACUUAUCAUGUUUCAGCUGCGAAUGAGUUGUUGUAGAAUUCAUAGGGAAAAUGUAGAAUUCUGUAGAAUGUCUGAAAUGUAGGAAUUCUGCCAUUGCUGAAAAAAAUGUAAAAGAAGACAUAUGUUCAUCAUUCAUCAAUAUUUUAAUGACCUUCUUUCUCACACUUUCUGUACGUGUAUAUAUUCUACUUGCAGGCUGACUAGUUGGAAAUUUAAAAUAGCAAUAUUCUGCCGCCAAAAACAGAAGUUUUGACAUUUUUUCGCAACAUGGGUGGUGACACAAUGUGAUGAAACGUGGACGUUGUUUGUGAGUGUUAUCUGUUCGCGUAAGAUCAGCGCUUACUUUAGAUGAUUAAUUGAAGCAAGUCACUUUUCCGCGAACUAAGUUACAUAAUCAGGAAAAAGAGAAAGUAGCUGAGUUGUACUUUGACAUGUGUUAUUUCUAAAUGGUAUAUUCACUCAAACAGAAUGUGAUUGCGCAAGAUUUACAAUAACACGUCACAUGAAUAUGACGUGUUAGGCAUUGAGUAUGCAUAUAAAUAUUUGGUUCGAUUCUGUCAUAUGGCACAUUCACAUUCUCUUCCUUUUCUUCCGUUCGGUCGAUUGACAAGAAUAACAUGACCAAAGACUCAGUGUUGUCCUCGAUCACCAAUACGAAACCAAUCAUUGCACUCGAUUGUGAUGGUGUUCUUUUGGAUGAUCAUGCAACUUUUGCUCAAGUCUACGAAAAAGCAUUUGGAAAACAACUGACUGUUGUCUCGCCUAAAUCCUUUCGUGUAAGUUCAAACUAAGCUCUCUACUCGACAACUCCCAGUUUUUCAUUAACAGGCUGCCGAUAUGUACGGUGUAAAAUUUACAUCGGAGGAAGAGAAUCAUUUCUAUGCUGUGUGGAACGCCGAAGCAUGGCGGACAAUGCCCAUGCUCGAUGGAUCUCUUGAAGCUUGUCACCUAUUACAGCAAGCAGGCUAUGAGCUCGUCUGUGUCACGGCAAUGUCUCCUCAGUUUACUGAUCACCGUUUGGAAAAUCUUCGCUCACAUGGAUUUCCGAUCGAUCGAGUGAUCAGUACGGGGUAUGAUGGCGAAAAUCCGGACAACAAUCCGAAGAAACAAGCGAUUGAAGAAUUACAUCCGGUGGUAUUUGUCGAUGAUUCGAGACGGAAUUUUAGAGAUAUUCAGGGUGUACAUACCCGAUUCGUCUUGGUUGAUAAAUAUCAUGAUGAUCCGAAUCAAUAUGAAAGAAUUUAUUACGAUGUCAAAUAUUCAAGUCUUUUGGGUUUCGUCCAUGAUUUUCUCGAAACUGAACAUGGGCAAAAAAUUGUCUGGACAGAAAGAACUGCUUCUCUUCUUCCAUCUAUUUGA